AUGUCACGUGAUAAAGAACUCACAGAAACAAUAUUUUCUAUGGCUAACGAGUUAGAGGAUAUACUUGUGCCAUCCAAUCAACCAUUCACUCAUUCUAAUGAAACUUUAAAUCAUCACAUUCAUUCCAAUAAUGUUUCUUCUAAUCUUCUUUUUGAAUUCUUUAUUUUGAAUCAUCAUGGAUCUGAGCAUGCCAAUCUUUAUGAAUUUAUGGAUGAUUUAAGAAAACGAUCACGAUAUUCUAUUUCACAAUUUAUUAAACACAAAGGUUGGAUUAAUGAAACCCUAUUGAAUGAUUCAUCAGAAGAAAGCGAAGAAGAAAUUUUUGAAUUUGUUGGAAAUCAAACUUACUUUGAUCAAUUCAAACGUAAAGCCAAACUCCCAAAUGAAACCAUAGAAUUACAACCUUUCAUUUCUGAAUCUAUUCCAUUGUAUUUCAGUUAUAAGGAAUUUUACUUUCCUCUCAAAGAUGCUCCAGUAGUAUUUAAACAAACACAUCAUGUUGCAUCCUUGUUAAGAGAAAGUUAUUAUAGACUAUUGAAAAUUUAUAAUGGAAAUGAGAAACGAGUACGUGACAAGAGUUUCAUCUUGUUAUUAGAAGAUGAUUUUCCAGUGUGUGAACAGCACAUGAAAAAAUUAAUUCAAUUACUUCGAAUUUCACAAUUACAAUAUCCAGAGAAUUUGUGUGGAAUAUUCAUGGGUACUGGAGGUAGUUCCAUAUUAAUGAACAGUUCCGUUCUUCCUCAUUUAUCUCAAAUUCUUAGGAAAGAUCCAACAUUUGAAAAUGGAAGAUUAUUUAAGAAUGAAGAUGGAAGUAUAAGACCUUUACCACAUGAUGUAAUGAUUCAAUCUUGUUUAUUGGGUGAAUUUAAAGAUUGUAGAGAAGAUCCAGUCCUUCGAAAUUGUAAAUCCAUUGUUUCAGAUCGUCUCUUUUUUAGACAUGCAGGUGAAAAAGCUCCAACUGAUAAGUUUUUAUCACACAAAGGCAAUAAGUGGCAGUGUGGGUGGAGAAAUCCAUUAACUUCUUCUCCAAGUAUGCCACCAGUGGUGUUGUAUCAGUUGUUGCAAUAA